UUAGCUGUUGUGUAAAAAAAAGCAUUAUAAAUACGACCCUUAAAGCCAUACGGAAAGGUAGAUCUGAAUAAAUCGCGCCGGUGAUUGAUGCUCCUCUCAGCGCACCAUAGGCCACAUUGAGCCUAUCAAAUCCUUCUCGCCCUGCCAUUGGCUGGCGGAAGGUCGCUACCAGCCCAUGACUCCGCCCACACUCGCGUGAUAUGGAAUUUACUGGCGCCAGGUCCGACAGAGCGCGAGCGCGAGUCAUUAAAAGAAACACAAGCAGUGCGCAGGACGGAGACACAACACCGAGAGCACAGAGCGCGUUUCACCACCCACUAACACACCAACACUUGCCCGCGUAAACAAAUGUCAAGAUGCAGCUCGGGGACGAACUUUAUUUACGAACGGACUAACACGAGAUAAAGGGGGGAACAGUGGAAAAAGGAGGAGUGCAAUGCAGUGUGCAGUGUAUCUAAGUAUCUGAGGACUCUAAGCAUUAACUCAUCAUUCCAAAGACAACCACUGUGAACAAACUGAAAAGGACGCUUUUCAACCACUAUUCGGGCUUUUUUUGUUUUUGUUUUGCAGUAGCCUAACCACAUAUACUUUGCAUUUGGGGAACUUUCGAUGAACUCGGCUCUUAGAAAGCUGCCCAACACUGCAGAUAAAAAUAUUUGCAUAUAAUAAAAUCAGGAAAAUUAGAUUUUUAUUUCUUGUCAAGUCUACACGGAGGCUUCAGGUAUGGAAGUGGCAGCAGAUCAGUCUCGGUGGAUGGCGCAUCAUCACGCUGUGCUCAACGGCCAGCACCCGGAUUCCCAUCAUCACGGCCUCACACACAACUACAUGGAGCCUAUGGCGCCACUUUUGCCCCCGGACGAAGUGGACGUGUUUCUAAAUCACUUGGAUUCGCAAGGCAAUCCGUACUACCCUAACUCAAGGGCAAGAGUGUCCUACAGUCAAGCGCAUGCUCGAUUGACUGGGAGUCAGGUUUGCCGGCCGCAUCUCCUGCACAGUCCCGGCCUCUCGUGGCUGGACGGGAGCAAGGCGGCUCUCUCAGCGGCGCACCACAACGCCUGGGCGGUCAGUCCGUUCAGCAAAGCUGGGCUUCACGCCACGAGUGCCAGUUACGCUUGUAGCGGUGGCUCGGCCACGGCGCCGGCUUCCGCCUCUUUAGCGCCGGCAAGCCACGCGAGCCCACACCCGCUCUACAACUUUCCUCCCACGCCUCCGAAAGACGUGUCACCAGACCCAGGACCGUCGUCUCCAUCCUCCACCUCGGUCACGCGGAUGGACGAAAAGGAUUCGAUCAAGUACCAAGUUGGUGACGGGAUGAAGAUGGAGGGAUGCAGUCCACUCAGAGGAGGCCUGGCCAUGAGCGGGCCGCAAACGCCGUCCACGCACCACCCGAUACCCACGUACCCUGCCUACUCGCUCCCCGCGGCGCACGACUACGGAGCCGGACUCUUCCACCCAAACCUGCUCAGCGGUUCGCCCUCCAGCUUCGCGCCCAAAUGCAAGAGCAAGGCACGCUCCAGCUCGGAAUUCUGCACAGAGGGCCGUGAGUGUGUGAACUGCGGCGCGACCUCCACCCCUCUCUGGAGGAGAGAUGGAACAGGCCACUACCUCUGCAAUGCCUGCGGCCUCUACCACAAGAUGAACGGUCAGAACCGGCCCCUGAUCAAGCCCAAACGCAGACUGUCAGCAGCACGACGAGCUGGAACCUGCUGCGCAAACUGCCAGACCACUACGACCACGCUGUGGCGACGCAACGGCAACGGUGACCCGGUGUGCAACGCCUGCGGCCUCUACUACAAACUCCACAACGUAAACAGACCACUGACGAUGAAGAAAGAAGGCAUCCAGACACGCAACCGCAAGAUGUCCAGCAAGUCCAAGCGAAACAAGCGGGCAUCUGACGGCUUUGACGAGCUCUCAAAGUGCAUGCACGACAAAACGUUGCCCUUCGCCAGUGCUGCUGGUGCCAUGGCUGCCCACAUGCCCCACAUGGGUCACCUGCCUCCCUUCAGCCACUCGGGCCACAUGCUGCCCACACCGACUCCCAUCCACCCAACCUUUAGCCACCCACACCACUCGGGGCGCUCACCUGUCUGGGCUGAGCCUCACUGAGGAUCCCAGGAAUCAACAAACCUUCCUAUUCUAUCGUUAAUGGUGAGGGGUUUUUUUGUACACGAACAAACAGAAAUGGAAAGAGGACACUUUUCUUGUUUAUAAUUCCUUCCCUUCCCCCGAAUCAUGGACACGGCGUGAAAGGAGCGAGGACAAUUGUCGCUUCUAGCACUCCUUUAUUUUGUACUGAGUCACUUUGGUACUGCCUGGAAAGACAGGAUGUGUGUUAGAGGAGAGUCACUAUGUGCGUGCACUGGUCUUAUGUGUAUGUGUGUGGUUUUUGGACUCUGAAUGAGAGAAAAAUACAAGAAAAGAAAGAUUCCCUUAUUAAAUGCCUAACAUGCUGGGAUACACACACUCCACGGACACGCCUGCCUCUGAACACACUCUAUGGACAUGACUAGCAAGCAAACAGAUGUUUAUAAAGCUUGAUUGUUAUUAUCGUUAUUGUUAUGAUUGUUAUUAUGAUAAUUUAUUUUCACACUUUAUUUCUUUUUUUGGCUCUCCUCAAAACCAUAUGUUUAUUGUUAUAAAUAUUAUUUGAUUGUUAUUAUCAAAAUAAAGGAAAAAAAGGAACAAAAAAAGGAACACUGACUUAUCUUAGCCAAGGUGAUAUUGCUGAACUGUACGUUUCUAUCAUUUUCCAUUACACAAAUAAAGAAAUAAAGUUUUAAUACUUAUCAUCCAUUAAA